CAAUUUCGUAGCAGAGCAUUUCAAAAUUGUGUGUGUGUAUUUGAAUAGAACUAAAACAAAUAAAAUGGAAAAGGAACCCGAGGAGCGCUUCUUUGACUGCUGCUGUGGCAGUGAAAGUGAAGCUGAAAGUGAUCUCGAAUCUAUUGUCCGGACCAAUGACUACAACUGCUCCCUGCUCAGCUGUCCCACGAAUGUCUUCGAAAUGCGCAGAGCAUUGGAGCGUGCGGCCAACACGGCUCAGAUUCUGCUCCGAGGUCUGGGUGUGCAUGGCGAUAAAGAUGGGGCUGCUGCUGGGAAUACGGCUUGCAGCUGCAUGCGCUUCUAUCCGGCCACAUUGGAGAUAUCCGCACGUCUACAUACGGAUACAUCUUGCGGCUGUCCGCCGCACUGCCAGUGUGUGAUGCGUGGCGAUCCGGUGACACUUAAACUGCCCAUGGAAUUGAAUCCGGCCAACGGUCAUGUCAACGUCAACAUAUUUCAGCCAAAGCCAACAAAGCCAACAAAGCCACUCGGUGGCGGCGCUGGCGACAGGCCAAUCUCCUCCUCCCUAAGUGCUCCCAGCACGCUCAGUCGGCAUUCACAGCGCCAUGGGGGCGACAGGAAAGGUGGUAGACGAGUGCGUUGGCCGGAUGCCAUAUAGAUGUCGAUGUCGAUGUGGAUGGGGAUGUGGAUGUGGAGAUCUCUGCAGAUUAUGCAAGUGGAGUUUUUGUCAUGGAUUUCGUUUGCUCAUAAAAGUUGGUCGUGUAUCUGAUUGUGGAGAGUCUACAAUCCGAAAUUAGUGCUUAAAACCGGAAUCUCCAGCGAUUAUCCUCAAAAGAAAUGUAUUUCUGUGGAUAAUCCGGAAUCUCUUGUGAUAUUUCUGUGGAGAGUCUACCAGCCGUAAUCUCCUGCGAUUAAAUUCAAGUGAGGAGUUGCUUAAGUUUAAUAUAAAACAUUUCUAUGGAGAGUCUACCAGCCGCAAUAUCCGGCGAUUAUCCUCAAAUGAGAAACUGCUUAGGCCUCAUCUAAAAUAUUUCUGUGGAGAGUCCGGAAUCUCUUGUGAUAGUCUUGUGGAGUGUCUACAAGCUGCAAUCCCCUGCGAUUAUCCUCAAAUGAGGAGCUGUCAAAGUUGAAACUAAAUUAUUGUAUUAUCGAUGUGCAAAAAAUUCAAGUCCAAACCCAACACAUAUCGUUGUAAAUUGAAUAAAACUUGAUCUACUAGAA